GUAUAAUCCAUAUGUUCAGGCAAGGAGCAGGAUAGAUCAGCUUAAGCGUUUGGGUCAUAGCGUAGACAAGGUUGAGUUUAUAUUAAUGGGUGGUACCUUCAUGUCUCUUCCAGCUGAUUACCGUGAUUACUUUAUAAGAAAUCUUCACGAUGCUUUGUCUGGGCAUACUUCUGUCAAUGUGGAAGAGGCAGUAGCUUACUCUGAGCAUGGAGCAACCAAAUGUAUUGGCAUGACAAUUGAAACGAGGCCAGAUUAUUGUCUUGGGCCUCACUUGCGCCAAAUGCUUUCUUAUGGUUGUACACGAUUGGAGAUUGGAGUCCAAAGCACCUAUGAGGAUGUUGCUCGAGACACAAACAGAGGACACACUGUAGCUGCUGUAGCUGAUUGCUUUUGCUUGGCUAAAGAUGCUGGUUUCAAGGUUGUUGCUCACAUGAUGCCUGAUCUUCCAAAUGUUGGCGUUGAGAGGGACAUGGAAAGUUUUCGGGAGUUUUUUGAGAGCCCCUUGUUUAGAGCAGACGGGCUUAAAAUAUAUCCUACACUUGUAAUUCGUGGAACAGGGCUUUAUGAGCUCUGGAAAACUGGCAGGUACAGAAAUUAUCCACCAGAGCAACUUGUGGACAUCAUAGCAAGGAUCCUUGCAAUGGUUCCACCAUGGACACGUGUUUAUAGAGUGCAGCGGGAUAUUCCUAUGCCUUUGGUUACCUCCGGGGUUGAGAAAGGGAAUUUGAGGGAGCUAGCAUUAGCUCGAAUGGAAGACUUGGGAUUGAAAUGCCGUGAUGUUCGGACCAGGGAAGCUGGAAUCCAGGAUAUUCACCACCAAAUUAGGCCAGAGGAGGUGGAGCUUGUUCGGCGUGAUUAUAUGGCAAAUGAGGGUUGGGAAACAUUUCUAUCAUAUGAAGAUACACGACAAGAUAUCCUUGUUGGUUUGUUGCGUCUGCGAAAAUGUGGCUGCAAUACUACAUGUCCAGAGCUUAUGGGGAAGUGUUCAAUUGUUCGUGAACUCCACGUUUAUGGGANU